CAGCACCAGCAAUUACCUGGGACGAUUGUGUUGCGACUGCACGAAGAAACCGAAGGACAAGCCGCGACUUAAACUAUGGGUGGGGCGAGGAGAAGAGGCGUUACUUCCACUCCAACUGAAUACAACUCAAGCCCUGCAAACCAAUAAUCGUGUCUUCAAAGGGGAGAAAAGGCCACUUGUCGUUCGACGUGACUUCCGUGGCCCUAGAAACAUAUGUUUUGUUGUAUAUUUAUAAUAUAAGCCUAGCAAACGAAGCGGGUAAAUAAGUUGUCAAAGUACGGAGCGCCAGACCUCGGUUCAUCUUUCUGAGCAAGAUCUCAAGAAAACAAGCCGACCGGCGUUCGCUGCGUUCUUUACAAACAUUGGACUGCCGGAGCCGGAGUGUCAGUACGCUUAGAAAUCACGGUGGCGCACAUGGCAAAUAAACUCUAAGCACGAUGCGCCGAUUCAGCUCGGAGGGGUCCCUCUUGGACCUGGACUUUUUGCCAUGGAAACGGGUGGAGCUGCGGGACAAGGGGUACUCCCAGGACGGGGAGUCGGGCACCUACACGCCGCAACUGUCGCUGAGCGACUCCGAUGGUCACAUGGUCGUCGUCCCGCCCGGCCUGGACGGGGAGGAGGCGGGGGCGUCUGGUUCGCCCCAGAAGGCCCCGCUCACCAAGGAGUUCAGCGUCAGUGCAGAGAACGUGUCGGGGCGGGGCCAGGAGGACAGGGCCGGCUCCUACCUGCGCGUGGUCUCCCUCGGCGACGGUUGCCGGGCAUACAGCGACGGCCAGCUUGCCCCCGCGGCGGCCGGGGGGCGGAGCAGCGAGCGCGAGGACAUGGAGGAGGGGCCCUCGCGGCAUUCCUCCUCCUACUCCUCUUCCUCCACAGCCGCUUCCGCCACCUCCAGAUACCACCACAGGCAGCAUGCCAAGGCCCGGCUGACGUCAGCAAAACUACACCUGAAGAACCUGUUUGGACAGAGCCCUCACUCGUCUCACACCAACCUCAGCUCAGAGCAUAAGGACAUUCAGAACAGCUCCAGGGAGAAGAAGUCGCGCCUCCCGUUCCUCCGGCAGUGGAGCCAGGUGGGCCACGGCAGCGCACGGCUGAGCCGGGAGGAGGUGCUGGGCUGGGCCGAGUCUGUGGACGUGCUGCUGUCCAGCCGCGUGGGCGUGGCUGUGUUUGGGGCGUUCCUGCGUUCUGAGUUCAGCGAGGAGAACCUGCAGUUCUACCUGGCCUGCGAGCAGUUCUGCCAUUCCUCCACCAACUUCACCCUGCAGAGGAGAGCGCGCGAUAUCUACGCCACUUACAUCCAGCCUGGAGCUCCCAGAGAGGUGAAUUUGGAUAGUAAGACUCGGGACCUGACGCUGCAGCUGCUGCAGGCCCCCUCCCACUCCUCUCUAAGCCACGCCCAGAGGCGGAUCCACUACCUCCUGGAGUCAGACUGCUACCCCCGAUUCCUGCAGUCGCCCGUCUACCUCUCCCUGCUGGAAUAGAGGGAGAGAGGGAGGAGAGGAAGAGAGGGGGAGAGGAGGGGAGGAGAGGGGGAGAUGGAGAGAGGGGGAGGUGGGGAGAGGGGGAGGUGGAGUCGGACUGCUACCCCCGAUUCCUGCAGCCGCCCAUCUGCCUCUCCCUGCUGGAAUAGAGGAAGAGAGGGGGAGAGGGAGGAGAGGAGUCAGACACCAUGCUCAUGUGACUGCUCUGCACAGUUAAUGCAGCUCCCUAACAUGUAAACGCCCCCCCCCUGCUUCCGCUGCUUUGGGCACUGUUACAAAAUUCAGCCAGAAAGCUUUUUUUUUUCAGCAGCACGUUUUGUAAGACUGGAAGUUCUCACACUGCUUGCGUUUGGCAAUCGCGCUACGCGUGGAGGGAAUAAGCAGCACAGAGUCUUCUUUCCAAACUGCACCGCUGCUUCAAAAUUUUUUUGUGUUUUUAAUGGAAAAAAAUAAGAAAUUUCCAUGAAAAUGCCCUGAACGCCUCUUUUUAAACAAUAAAGUUGACCUCUGGCUGAACUCCUGGCCCGGAGAAGACAGGAACAAGUGAGAGAG